GCAAAAAUGCGGAAGUCGUGAAACCUGAGUAGCAGUUAAACAAACAGAGCAUGACUCUGUCACCUUUCCUUUCCUCUCUCUCUUCCUUGUUCUGCUUCCUUUGGUUGCCAACUUGCCAUUGCCAUGGCAUACUUCUCUUCCCUCUCUGACUGCGACGAGUCCGCAGUAGAGGAUAUCAUCUCUCAAGUAAAGGACCUCUGCGUUCUCGAACAAGUUGCAGCCAUCAACUGCUCUGGUAUUUCGGACUCUAUUCUGCCCACCAACCUCGAGGCAAGGUUCCGCAAACUCAAAUCGUUUCCCGGAUCAAAGCCCAUCCUAAAAUCCCCACUUCUAUCUUUCAAUGCAGAAAAUAAACAUUCACCCACAAGCUCAGAUCGUUACAAGAAGAAGCCCAGUUCGUCCUUUGAAAAAGAGAGUGAUCAUCUCCCCGUCGAAUCAUCCGAAACCAGAACUGUACCCCAUAAGAACGAGCAGGAGACCUCAAAGCAAGCUAAAGCAAGCCCAAAUUCGCCCCCUCUUAACGAAACUCCAAUUUCGGCUUCUGCAGAAUCAAGCGAUAAGAAGGGUUUAAAACCGAAACAGGUAACUGGUUCUGUUUCUUCUCCUUCACCUUCAUCCAAUUCGUCAUUGGAAGCUUCUUCUCCACCUCGGCAGACAUGCUGUUUUUGGUAUUCUCCGAAAAGGGUAGCUGAGAAGAAAGGCAAGGAGAACUGGGUGGCAGGCAUCGGUCUUGACACGCCGGACUGGGGGAAGAAUGAAGAGAUUUUGUCGGACUUCAGUACUCUUUCACUGAAACAUCAGAACAGGAGGUUCAAGAAGGCACUGCAAGAGGAAGAAGAGAUCACUAAGGAAGCUGAAAAGGUUUUGAAAUGGGCAAAGCAGGCAUCGGCUAGGAUGGAGGUUUAUGAUAUUGAAGAUGUAUUGAGUGACGAUGAAAUGUUCAAGUGACUGAUGUUGAUGGUAGUUUUGCCUAAAAUCUAGUUUUUCAAAACUUCAUAAAUACAUAGAAGGUUGGCUAUGGAAGCUGAGAGUCAAGUACAGGUUGAUAUAGGACCCAAAAUGAUCUCCUCUGUUUAUCUUCA